AUGGACAGUCCACCUCCAGAGGAGCUUCUCAAGAAGAUCCAAGUACUUGAAGCAGGUCACGCCCACCUCAAGCAAGAGAUGUCCAAGCUCAGGCACUCUGAAGAUGUCAAAUCAGAGCACCAAAGGGCUCACUCCGUUUCGCCACAGCGCUCAAGGUUGUCGUCUGUGCCUAAAAGGAGAGUCGGUGCCGGCGCUGGCGGCGGUGGUGGUGGUAGUGGAGGUUUCGAUGCGGCGGCUUGGAAGAAAGGGUCUACUUCGUUUCGGCAUUCGUCGCCGCUUCAGAGGGAGAGCCGCAGCCAUGAUCCUCCGACUGGAGGCACCUUCCGUGGCGUCGGUGGCAGCGCUAGCAGCGGCGGCGGUGGAAGUGGCAGCGGGCCGUCAGCUGUGAACUUUACUGAUAGGCAGUAUCUGAACAUAUUGCAGUCAAUUGGGCAGUCUGUGCAUAUAUUUGAUCUUAAUGGCCAUAUAAUUUACUGGAACAAAAGUGCUGAAAACCUAUAUGGUUUUUCUGCGGCAGAGGCCCUUGGGAAGAGUCCCAUUGAGCUAUUAGUAGAACCCCAGGACGUUGCUGUAGCAAAUAAUAUUAUCCACCGUGUCACCAAGGGGGAGAGCUGGACUGGGCAGUUCCCUGUCAAGAACAAGUUUGGGGAGAGGUUUACUGCCAUUGUAACGAAUACUCCAUUCUAUGAUGAUGAUGGCACUUUUAUUGGGAUUAUUAGUGUGUCAAGUGAUAUACGGCCCUUUCAAGAAACGAGGAUUCCAUUGUCAGGUGCGAAGCACCCAGAAUCAGAUUCAAGCUACAGCCGUUCUAGAGCUAGUGUUACAGCUAAACUUGGCCUUGAUCCUCAGCAGCCUCUACAAAAUGCAAUUGCAUCAAAAUUAACAAAUUUGGCAUCCAAAGUGAGCAACAAAGUGAAGUCAAGAAUUCGGGCAGGAGAAAACAACAUGGAUCGCGAAGGUGGGAGUGGAGAUAGUCAUUAUUCGGAUCAUGGUUCAGAUUCUCUUUUCUCUGACCAGAGGGAGGAUGCAAAUUCAAGUGGGGCUAGCACACCUAGAGGAGAUAUGCCCCCAUCUCCUUUUGGUGUGUUCUCCCAGAUUGAUGAGAAGUCUCCAGGAAAACCCUCCAGAGAUUCUGGCGAUGAGAGUGAAGGAAAACCUUCAAUCCAAAAGAUAAUAUCAACAAAAGCAGAAGCAUGGAUGGGUAAGAAAGGAUUAUCAUGGCCAUGGAAAGGGAAUGAGCGAGAAGGGUCAGAUGCUAAGACUACUCGUUUUGUUUGGCCUUGGUUGCAUAAUGAGCAAGAAAAUGAUUUGGUUCAUCAGAAGAGUUAUUUUGAUUCAAAACCAGAGAGUCAGGUGAAUGAAAAUAAUCGGACUGCAAAUAAUGAGGCUUCUGGAUCGUGGACCUCCUCAUUUAAUGUAAACAGCACAAGCAGUGCCAGCAGCUGUGGAAGUACCAGCAGUAGUGCUGUGAAUAAGGUGGAUGUGGACAGUGACUGCCUGGAUUACGAAAUCCUAUGGGAAGACUUGAUAAUCGGAGAACAGGUUGGGCAAGGUUCAUGUGGAACUGUAUACCAUGGUCUGUGGUAUGGAUCGGAUGUUGCUGUCAAGGUAUUCUCCAAGCAAGAAUAUGCAGAAGAUUUGAUACUUUCCUUCAGACAAGAGGUGUCUCUUAUGAAAAGGCUUCGACAUCCAAACGUUCUGCUUUUUAUGGGAGCUGUGACUUCACCUCAACGUCUCUGCAUUGUAACAGAGUUCCUCCCACGUGGAAGUUUGUUUCGCUUACUACAGAGGAACACAUCAAAACUAGACUGGAGACGACGUGUUCAUAUGGCAAUAGAUAUAGCACGAGGCAUGAAUUAUCUUCAUCAUUUCAAUCCACCUAUCAUUCAUAGGGAUCUAAAGUCUUCAAAUCUCCUAGUUGAUAGGAACUGGACUGUCAAGGUUGGUGAUUUUGGUCUUUCGCGUCUCAAGCAUGAUACAUUUCUCACAACCAAGACUGGGAAGGGGACGCCUCAAUGGAUGGCACCAGAAGUUCUACGUAAUGAACCCUCAGAUGAGAAGUCUGAUAUAUACAGCUAUGGGGUGAUAUUGUGGGAGCUUGUUACUGAGAAGAUCCCUUGGGACAAUCUAAACUCAAUGCAGGUGAUUGGAGCUGUAGGGUUUAUGAACCAAAGGCUAGAGAUCCCAAAAGAUGUGGACCCUCAGUGGGCUUCUAUGAUUGAGAGCUGCUGGCAGAGUGAUGCAGCUUCUCGGCCAACAUUUCAAGAACUGCUGGAAAGGCUUAGAGACAUGCAGAGACAAUAUGCUCUUCAGUUUCAAGCAGCACGUUCUGCCGCGGGUGAUAGCUCCCAAAAGGAAUUGUAG